UUGCACACGGCAGCACACCACCUCUUUUUCUGAUUUUCAAACAAUUUUUAAUGUUACAUGUUACAUGAAGUUCUCCCUAUGAUUGAAAAAUGGCGAAAGCUGCCAAACGCAAAGAUAUAGAUCAAUAUUGUUCUCUGCCAAGAAAAACAAUCAAACUUCUUGGUGAGUCUGUUGGUGUAGGUUAUUUAUCAAAUGAAGUUGCCGACAGUAUUUCGGAGGAUGCUUCUUAUAGAAUACGUCAGAUAAUACAGGGUGCAAGUCAUUUUGUAAAGCACUGUAAAAGGGACUACAUUACUGGGGAAGAUUUAAAUAGGUCUUUGUUUUGGAGCCAUGUUGAGCCAGUUUAUGGAUAUGCAUCAAAGAACAGUGAUACCUUUAGUAAUGUAUCUACCAAAGAUGGUCUACUCUUCUUUCAUGACAAUAAAGAAAUAAAUCUGCGAGAGCUAGCAUUAUCAAGGGCUUUUUCAUCAAAGAAUGAACUUGGUUGCUCUAAAAUUUCAGUUCAAGUUUCCUUGUUAAAUGAAAACUCUGCUUCCAAAAAUGGUGCAAACAAAAAUGGUGAGACAAUGGAGUCUGCCACCAAAAUAUCUGAUUUUGAAAGUUUAAGUGAGACAUUAAGAUCAUACUAUGAACAAGUCACCAAAAACAUCUUGACCUGCAAUGAUAAAACUGUCAAGAUAAUUGUUCGUGAUUUGGGAAACAAUUCCAAAAUUCAGAUUCUUUUGCCAUAUUUUAUUAAUUUCAUCACAGAAGCGAUGCAAAUAUUUUGUGAUCACGAGAUGAAAUUGACGAGGAUACUCAUGUUGAUCAAAGCAAUUGUAGAAAAUAAGCAUCUUUAUCGAGAACCUUAUGUCAUUCAGCUGGCGCGAGCAGUAAUGUAUUGCCUCAUUGAAAAACCUCUAUCAAGGAAUACCUUAAGCUCUAUUGAUGACUGGAUGUUACGAAAUCAAGCUGCACGCGUGCUUUUUCUCAUCAACAGACAAUGCACUAACUCUGGAAAUUAUCUUUCCUUGCAACUGUUACGUACAUUAGAAGAAAUUUAUCACACGAGUGAAAGACCUUUGCAUUGUCAAUAUGGAGCGAUAACUGGACUGGCAAUGCUAGGAAGUGAUGCCAUUCAACAAACCAUCUUCCCUCAUCUAAAAGCGUAUUUUGAAACUCUAUCCGGUUUGCUUCGUGAAGACUCAACACCAUGGAAUAAAAUGCAAGCUCUAUAUAUUUUACUUAAAUUGAAGAUUUGUGCUCUUUUUAUAUUUCGCAAUAAAUUUAAAGAAAUUGCUGCAAAAUCAGAAAAAGAGAGUCAAGUAUUUCAGUUGAGAAUCGAUCAAAAAAUAUCUACAUCAGAGUCCAGUAUAUUAGAGACUAAAGGAUGGAACAAGCAAUUAAAUGAAGUUUUUUCGAAAAUAUACGAUGAAACAGACGAUUCUUUUACAUUGCUUCUUGGAAGUUUAGAAGAUUACGAGAAAUUUACGUUUCAUAGAAUGAGUACUGCAAUGAAACCUCGAAUAGCCUCGUCGAACAAACCAAGAAAACACAUUGUUAAAAACUUGAUUCAAAAUGUCCUGGAAAAUCUUAGCCGCUCCUCGAAAAAUUCACGGUAUUUUACUCUUCAAGCUGAACGAGAAAGAAAAUUUGAAGAAGAAGUUGCAAUGUCUGUUGAUGACGACAAGGCUAGUUUUUGGAAAACCAAGUUAUUCCAUCUCAAAGAUUGUCACGAACUGCGAUUUGAAAAAUUAACGCAGAAUUCUUUUCAUAGAAAAAUAACGCCUGGCUUAGGGGAAAUUAAGUCGGGACAAGUAAAGAGCUUGGCUUCAAGUACGAGGCGAUUUCGCACGAAACUGUCCUCGCUGACUACACUCAUUUCAUGAUCUCAAAGGUCUUGUUUAAACAUUUUAUAUUAAGAAUCCCUCAUUGACCUACAUGCAACCAACAAGGGCUGAAGCUAGGUUGUAAUCCUAACAGGGAUAAUUGAUAAAACCUCAACACUAUAAGUGAAAAUUGAGGUAAAACGUGUGUAUAAUUUACAUAUGAAAUAUAUUCGGCUCAUUGAUGCAGUUACAGGA